AUGUCCAAGCUAAGCUCUACUCAAAUCAGAGACAACGUUAAGGAGUUGUUGAAAUACUCCAACGAGACCAAGAAGAGAAACUUCUUGGAAACCGUUGAAUUGCAAGUCGGUUUGAAGAACUACGAUCCUCAAAGAGACAAGCGUUUCUCUGGUUCUUUGAAAUUGCCAGAAUGCCCAAGACCAAACUUGUCCUUGUGUAUCUUUGGUGAUGCCUUCGAUGUCGACAGAGCUAAGUCCUGUGGUGUUGAUGCCAUGUCUGUCGAGGAUUUGAAGAAAUUGAACAAGAACAAGAAGUUGAUUAAGAAGUUGGCUAAGAAGUACUCUGCUUUCAUUGCUUCUGAAGUCUUGAUCAAGCAAGUUCCAAGACUAUUGGGUCCUCAAUUGUCCAAGGCUGGUAAGUUCCCAACCCCAGUCUCUCACAACGAUGACUUGUACAGUAAGGUCACUGAUGUCAGAUCCACCAUCAAGUUCCAAUUGAAGAAGGUCUUGUGUUUGGCUGUUGCUGUCGGUAACGUCGAGAUGGAGGAAGACAUUCUAGUCAACCAAAUCUUGAUGUCUGUUAACUUCUUGGUUUCUUUGUUGAAGAAGAACUGGCAAAACGUCGGCUCUUUGGUCAUCAAGUCCACCAUGGGUCCAGCUUACAGAUUGUACUAA